AUGACCGCCAUUCAUCGGACCCUUCGUCUUUCGAGACCCCGUUGCCCUCCGAUUUCAUUUCAUCCACGCCAUCGAGCAGGCCCUCGCGGCUCUUGUCAACAAUAUGCUACCGCGGCGGCUCCAACUGUACCUCACUUGACGGUCCGUGAUGUUAUUGACUCUCAUCAACGGCAUCAUGUUCGCGAUGUGCAUGCUCAGCUCCAAAACCAAGGAAUCCUCAAGAUCACACUCAACUUUUGCGACAAGGAAAGUCAGUAUUUGGAAAAUCUUAUCAAGGGCCUCGGAUCCAACCACGGCCAUGGCCCUCCUAUCACACACAGUGCCAGCCGAGGAUGGUACUGGGAUGUUCGCCCCAGCAAGGAUACAUUGCUUCCGAUGAGCACGCAAGCGAGGUCAGAGACAAUGCGAGAGUUUCCAUGGCAUACAGACUGUAGCUAUGAGCAUAAUCCUCCGGAGUACUUUGCCCUCCAAGUCUUGCAGCCGGAUCGAUGUGGUGGGGGCACUCUAUCAGUUCUGAAGAUUGAUCACCUCACUCGAUAUCUCUCUGGAGCUGCAAAAGCAGCUUUGUUCGAACCAGAAUUUCGGAUAACGAUACCUCCCGAGUUCGUAAAAGAGCCAAAUAAGCUGCACAUCUUGGGCAGCAUUCUCAGCACUGAUGAGGAUCAUUCGACAUUAAUGCGGUUUCGAGAAGACAUUGUCACUCCAGUGAGUACAAGAGCGGCCUCUGCUUUGGAGGAACUGAAGGAUGCACUGAAGCAUUUGGAAGCAUCCUCCCAGGCGGUUCUGCACUUGGAGCCAUCUGUAUUGCCGGAGAAUUCGAUCAUUCUGUUGAAUAAUCGGCGAUGGCUGCACGCACGCAAUAACGUCAAGGAUCCUAGAAGACACUUGCGUCGUGUGCGAUGGAGUGCAGUUCCUUUCUCCAACAGUAUAAGCAGUGGGAUGAUAGCGGGGUCAGAAGGAGAAGAGAAAUAA